AUGAAUCGGGAAGUUAUCACACAGCAUCUCAAAGCUUCAUUUGAAAUAGCUUUUAUGAUAGCAAAGCAAAGGAAACCUCAUACCAUCGGUGAAGAAUUAUUAAAACCAUGUGUCCUAAAACCCUCGCAGAUAAUUUUAGGAGAAGAUGCAGAGCAAAAAAUGAAUUGCGAUGAAUCCACCGACAUCGUUAAUUGCGCACAGUUAAUAGUUUAUGUACGCUACAUCGGCGGAGAUAUUAUUCAAGGAGAGAUUUUGUACUCCCAAUCUUUGACAGCAGGCACUAAAUCUGAAGAUAUAUUUAACUCAAUAUCAAAUUUUGUUGAAGAAAGUGAUUUGGAUUGGAAGAAACUCAUUGGACUUUGCACAGAUGGGGCACCUGCAAUGAUAGUAAGCUUUGGCUUCCAAAACAUUGCCUCAGAAAUUAUGCCAGACUUUGGACUCGGCUAUAAGGAUUGUAAACUACAUCAAGAGCAGCGCUUGGAACCGUCGCGUCGGUUAUUUACUUUACUUUGCGGGGAUCUCGAUUCUGAUUUACAAAGUCCUUCUGUUCCAUACAGAAGUACGCUAGCUGUCCAAAGGCAACAUGUUGGAUCGCCUUUAUGA